UGCUGCGUGAGCGGCACGCAGGGAACGGAAUGCGGGCCGAUCAGGUUCUCCUCCUGCUUUUCCUCCUGAGCUGAGAAAUAUCUGGAUGAACACUGGAUCUGAUUGGGCCGCUCUGGUCCCGGCUCUCUUGGCGGACUAUAACCCCCCCCCCGUCCCUACCCAAACACCACCUGAGCUCUCCGGCGCACCUGAUGCGUCGAUUCAUGCAGAAAACCUUCAUUUAACUUUUUCAGGGAAAAGUUGCGGAGCUGCGCGGCCGAGGAUCAUCAGAGCGCCGUCACUGCUCUCCGGUGACAGCCGGCCUGUUUUUACACCUCCGUUCUAAAUAAGGAAGCGGCCGGACAGACACAUGACCGCCCUCCGGCCCAAUUUGGGAGCCGCAGCGCCCCACCACGACCCAGGCCGCUGACCGCCGCCAAUUUGGCGCAGACUGCCGCCAUGUCAGAACGGGAUGUGGGAGCCCGUCCCGGGUAGAACCAGAACCAGGGCUGCUCGGUGACUCUGCAGGCGGCCCGGAGGAUCAGCGGAACCAGACCCGAGCCGCAGACCGUCGGAGCGAGCGAGAGAGAGGAAGAGAGAAAGAGAGAGAGAGCGGGGCGCAGAGGAGCUGCGAACCAUGGUAAUCACCACCAGCAGCAGCAGCAGCAGCAGCAGCAUCUCCAUCAGCUCCUGCGCGCCCACCGCCGUCUCCUCUCCUCCCGACCCCCGGGGCUCCGGAGCUCCGCUCCGCCGCUCGCCAGCCAGCCGCCGCCAUGCAGGAGCAGCGACACGGGGCGCGCUAUUUUUAGGCUCAUUAAUUUGGAGCACGUGGCCCCGAGGCGAACCGGAUGUCAGCUGUGCAAAGGUUCCUCGGCAGAAUGUCCUGCUGGACGCCGACCGCAGCGCUGCUCCUGGGCGUCCUGCUGGGAGCCGCGGCGGGGGCGCCAGCGCCGGACGCGACUCCACUGGACCGGCGCUGGGAGACGCUGUUCUCCCGCUCCGUGCUGUGGGUCUCCGGGGAGAAACCGGGGCUCAGCUGGGAGACUGACUACCUGCUGGGCAUCCAGCGGGUCCGGAGGCUCUACUGCAACGUGGGGAUCGGGUUCCACCUGCAGGUCCUCCCGGACGGCGGCAUCAGCGGGGCGCACAGCGAGGACCCGUACAGUCUGAUCCAAAUAUCCACGGUGGAGCGCGGCGUGGUGAGCCUGUUCGGGCUGCGCAGCGAGCGCUUCGUGGCCAUGAACAGCCGCGGCAGGCUGUACGGGACGACUGUCUUCCAUGAUGAGUGUAAGUUCAGGGAGAGUCUUCUGGCCAACAACUACAACGCCUACGAGUCUGCGGCGCACCGCGGCUGCUUCAUAGCGCUGAGCAAACAUGGCCGCAUCAAGAGAGGCAACAGGGCCACCACCGCCAUGACAGUCACCCACUUCUUACCCCGGAUGUGAGGCGGGACACAGGAAGCGGCAAUAAACUGAUUUGCACAUGUGGAUUAUUAUUAUCCCAGUGAGAAACACCUGGACAGGCCUGAAAACCUGGACCGGACUGCAGCAGGAGGAGCGGGUUGAUGUUUACUUCCUCCUGAUGUAUUUAUUAUUAAUGUUGUUAUUAUGUGGCAGCAACAAAUCAUUAAUCCCAGAUUAUUAAUCCUGGAUUAUUAAUCCCAGGGUUUUCAGCUCAAUCUGCUGUUUUGGUUUUAAUAUUCACAUUUUUUUCAUGCAGCAUAAUUUACUUGAAUUCAGAGCAGAAGGAGCCCAGCAGGGGGCGCUGCCCCUCUGUGUUGCCCCCUCCUGGCGCCUGUCCACCUUGCAGUGACCUUUGACCCCCAGCUCUCCACCGGUUUCUCCUGAUCCAUCAGGAAAUCUCCAGAGUUCUGGUUCCGACCCGGUCGCCGUCUGUACCAACCGCUCAGUUUUUGACAAUCUGAAGCAUUUUGAGGGAGAAAACUAAAUCUGAAGAGGGUUGAAAACUUUUCCACAGCAUUCUGGCUGAUUUACAGGAAGUGAUGUCACAAAGAGGUUUGGUAGCAGAGAGGAGUUCAGACCCGAUUCUGGUUCUGUUGGAGAGCCGCCGAGGUCGGUUUGUUGCAGCAGUCGGUCCAGUAAACUGGAUACGGUUCUUCCAGCCAGUUGAUGAUGAGGACAGAGACUCCAGGUCGUCAUGGAGACGAUCCUGGAUGACCUUUGAUGACCUUUAGGCCUGCGCAGACACAUCACCUGUAGCUUUUGAAACUUUAUCUCCAAAUGAAGGUGCAGCAUAUUUCUACUUAUUGUUCUUAUUUUCACUGACUGCAGGUUUCUGUGCAGGAGGUGAGGUGGUCGUUCUUCCUCCUAACUUUCUCUACACAACUUUGGCGGCUCAGAGGAAUCUGUCAGCAGCAUUUUGGUUUGUUUCAGAGUGAAAGUCUGGAGAAAGUUGAUGAGAAACAGAAAAAAUAUUUAACCUCCAGAUGCAAAGAGAGAUCUGAGUGAGCCGGGUAAGUCUGCUUCAACUGUCAGCUGGGGUCAACUAGAGGUCAGCUGGGGUCAACUAGAGGUCAGCUGGGGGUCAGCUAGAGGUCAGCUAGAGGUCAGCUGGGGGUCAGCUAGAGGUCAGAGCUGUGUAGCUGUCCAGCUGCAGCCUGUUUGUUUCGGUUUCCUGCGCUCAGCUCCUGGUUCUUCUUCCUGUUUUUAAUACUUCACCUUCUGCCUUAAGUUCCAAUUGUUGAAAUGAUUGUAAAUUAGUUUGAAAACAGAUUUCUCCAGUCGUUUGUUUCUGAAAUACAAGUGAGAAAAAUACUAUAACAAAUAGUUUUCCUUUUAUUUUUGUACGUCUGUGCUGUGCACAGCAGUCACAUGUAUUCCUGAGAUGAAAAUAAAAAUUGUUUUGUAAAA